AAAUAAUAUCAUCCCACAAUAUAUAAAUAUAUUAAUUUUCGAUCUAGACGUUCGACUUAUGUCAUAUGUAUAUGGAUAAACUACAUAUGUACAUGGAUAUAUGCACUGCACCUAAAGAACUAACAUGUGUUUAUAUUUGGCGCGAGAUUCCAUUUAAUCUUCGUCUACUACAGUUUCUUUGAUAUUAAAUUAUUAUAGAAAUAUCAAGUGCAAAUCGUGUGUUAGUAUGUAUACAUAGUAUCUUUUUAAUAAAGAAAUUAUGACAAAUUUAUCUCACGUGCAACGUGUUCGAAUGCUGUACAAAACAAUUUUAAGGUUACAUCGCGGUUUACCAACUGAAAUUCAAUCUUUAGGAACCAGUUAUGUUCGAGAUGAAUUUAGGAGGCACAAAACAUGCAACGACGUUGAGACAAUUAUCUUUUUAAAUGAAUGGACAGACUAUGCUGUAACGCUUGCUAAGCAGCUUGGAUUAAAAGGACCGCACACUGCCAAACCAUUAGGUCAAAAUUUAACGCAGGAGGAUAUUGACAAAUUUAGAGAUGAACAAGUAAUUCAAUUGUAUGAGCUAAUGAAUGCAGCAACUAACAAGACAGAGAAAAAUAUAAAAUAAGUAUAAUCUAGUCGUCAUGAGAUAUUAAAGCUUCCUAUGUUGUAUACUUAAUGAAGUAUAUUACAUUGAAUAUUAUAGAUGUGUACUAUUUGCAUACUUUAUAAAUGUAAUAGUAAUUGCUUUCAUGUACAUAACUUUCAAUCGACAUUUCAUGAUGUCUACAUUUCAUGUACAUAACCUUCAAUCGACAUUUCAUGUACAUAACCAUUCAAUCAACAGAAUGUUACAAUAUAGAUGUUCAAAGACAAUGUUCGAUGAAAUUGUAUAUACUUAUCAAACAUAUUGACAUGCAUAUGUACUUAAUACUGUAAUAAAUGUAGAACUUUGUGUUCAGUGGAUAUUCAUUAAAGAUGUAUAAAUAUAUUAAUUUUUUGAAGAAAUUAUAACAUUCAUACAUUUGAAUUUGAAGACAUGAAAAGAAACAGUGGUAUAGUAGAUUUAAAAUAAA